AUGAGAAAUAGUGACCAUCUCCGCAACUUGCUACACUGGGCCGGCUACAGAACUUCUGGGGAGCUACUCGGUGUAUGUACGUGUUUUACUACGCAAAUACAUUGGACCCAUUUGACCCAUUUGACAGGGUCUCAUGGAUACUGCGUGACCUUGGCGGAGGUGGCCCCUGUUAUGGAUUGUGAGGAAAGGCGACCGCACUUGGCCACCAAAGCUGGCCGGACCAGCAAACAUCAUGGCAGUGCAGGGAGGAAACUAUUGGUCCCACAAACUCGAAAACUUUUGAAAUCUAAACUACACUUCUCAAAAUUGCGGACUUUCCCUAGUGACAGGGAGUAA